AUGUUAAGUCGAUGCACAAGUGACAUGACGGAGUUCAACAUCUGUUGCGAAAUCAUCGGCGGAGAAGCAAGAAGAUGCUACGAAUUCUUUAUGGUCCAAGGAUCUUCGGAGUGGAACUAUCUUGCCAUGACGCUUACACUUCUAUCUCUGUACAUCUGCAAGAAUCAGAAGAACGAAGAAAUUCUAUACGUUUCAAGAUUGAGUCAGCUACAAGAGGGAUAUUCGAACUUUGCAACAGCUGGCUAUUGCUCCUUCAGGAGGCACGUGAGUACUUUUGGAGCCGUCAGUCAUGUAUAUCCAGUUGAACUUGUGCUAGCAAAGGACCGCAGCAUGCAAGAUGCCGCGCAGAUUUAG